AUCUUCUUUCCCUCCUCCUCUCUUCUGAUGCUGAUUCCUUUCUGAGUCCGUUCUUCUUCUUUUCUUCGUCAAGAUCGUUUCUUUUUAUUUGGUUUCUUGUUAUUCUUCGUCAAAAUUGGUCCCCUUUCGUUUUUCGGGCCUUCUUGUACCUUAUUUAGCGUCGGUGAUUGAGGUCCUGCUCAAGGAUCUGCCGAAGUCGGCAUGUCCUACUCUCCUUUUUCUAUACGAAUCGUGUAUUACUUAAUUUGUAAUGGUAAGCAACUAAGAGUCUAGAUUCGUUGCCCUCUCUUGGUUGGAGGAUGUGUUGCAAGCGUAGGGCAAUCCGAGCUGGAGAUUUUGUAGAGAUUUGGUGCUAUUGUUUAUCCUCUCUUAUCCUCUUCUGACGGAGGAUUUCGUGAGCUUGCUUGCUGUUUAGAUGGGCAUCCGGAUGUUUGACUGAGAUGUAUGUCGCAUGUUUCUGAAGUGAUGAAUCAUGGCUCGAGAUUUCACCUUCCAAGAAGAAGAGGAAUUCUUCGACUCGAGAGAUUCCGUCUCCUCUGUGUUCGAUUCAUGUCCUGGCACCCCGCUGAAGAACAGUUUGCUCCCUGAAGAGCAAUUCAUAAGCUGGCCAUCGUGUGAUCCCCGGUUCGAGGUCUGGAUCAAGGAUCCUGUCAGCGUGAGGGAACGCCGGGACAAGUUCAUGAAAAUGUUUUGUGAGGAUAUGAUGAACUGCCCCCCUCAGGGAUCAGACAAUCCUGAUGAAGAGGUAAAUGUGGAUGGUAAGAUCCAAGCAGAUGUCGAUGGAGUUGAAUCCUGCUCUUGUUCAGGGAACAAGCUUUCGGUUUCCACCUGGUCCAGUGAGGACACAAGUACCUCAUGUGAUGAAACAUCCGAUGAGAGCCUUGUAAGCAGAAUCAAGAAUUUGGAUGAUGGCACAGUCUUUGUAGUGAAUGAGUUGGGCAAAGAUGGUAGCUUAAAAAGCCUUCGGGAAGUUGGUUCGGAUCGGACAUUAACGCUCCAUGAAUUUGAAAGGAUUUUUGGUUCGUCAUCCUUGAUCCAGCGGCUUAUGAAGCGAGAAGAUAGUGCGUCGAGAAUCUCUGAGAAGUCUGUGGGAAGGAUGAGGAUUGGGUGGCUGAAAAGAUUGGGUGCUGCAGCUUGCAUUUUGGAUAGGCAAUGGGAGGAGAGUUGGACCAGUUUUCCUGAUCCUUGCAGUAGUAAAAGGAUUAGGAUCCGAUGGGUCAAAGUCCAUCCAUAUAAGAAGCGAAUAAGGGGACUAUCUGCAGUCUACAAGGGCCAAGAUUUUAAAGCCCAUGAUGGCACAAUCUUAACCAUGAAAUUUAGUCCCGACGGCCAGUAUUUAGCUACGGGAGGUGAAGAUGGGGUUGUGCGUGUGUGGUACGUGAUGGAAUGUGAAAGAGAUGAAAUGGACAUUCCAGGAGAUGAUCCUUCAUGCAUGUAUUUCACAGUGAGUCAUAGUUCCAAGUUAACUCCUCUAUAUGUUGACAAAGAUAAAAAAACAAGAUCCAGGAGCACAAUGGUGAAUUCAGAUUCAGUGUGUGUCAUCAUUCCUCCUGCUUCUUUUCGAUUGUCUGAGGAACCACUUCAUGAGUUCCAUGGGCAUGAUGGGCAUGUGCUUGAUAUUUCAUGGUCAAAUAAUAAGUGCUUACUAUCAUCGUCCAUGGAUAAAACUGUUCGGAUGUGGCAAGUUGGAUCGGAAGUCUGUGUCAAAGUGUUCCCUCACAAUGAUUAUGUGACAUGUGUGCAGUUUAAUCCUAUUAAUGAGAAUUACUUCAUUAGCGGCUCUAUAGAUGGAAAAGUUCGUAUGUGGAAAAUUUCAGGAUGUCAUGUUGUGGAUUGGGCUGUUAUUAGAGAAAUUGUCACUGCAGUUUGCUACUCUCCUGAUGGCAAAGGAGUAGUGGUUGGCACCUUAGCAGGAAACUGCCGCUUCUAUAAUGCAUCAGAUAAUAUUCUAUGGUUAGAUGCUCAGUUCUCACUACAUGGCAAAAAGAAGUCAUUGAAGAGGAUAACAGGGUUUCAGUUUUGCCCAACCAAUCCUCAUAAACUGAUGGUCUCUUCUGCCGACUCACGAGUUUGGAUCCUUGAUGGCAUUGAUGUGGUUUUAAAAUUCAAGUGCAUUCGGAACUCUGGAAGUCAGGUCUCCGCAUCUUUCACUUCGGAUGGACGGCACAUUGUUUCUGCCAGUGGGGACUCCAAUGUCUACAUUUGGAGCCAUGCCAACGAUGCUGUGCCCACUUCUAACAAAGUGAAGAGCACAUUGUCUUGUGAGUGCUUCUUUUCUAGCAAUGCAUCUAUUGCAAUACCCUGGAAUGGUUUGCAAUCCGGAAAAAAAGUCACUACCUCUGAGGUCCUCCAUGGACAGAAGGAUGUCUUCAGGGAGAAAGCUGGAGUCUCAGGAAAUGGAUAUGGCUCUAAUUGUCGCAUAGAAGAUUUGUUUGGAAGUAACACAUUGUAUUUAUCACCUUGUUGUUUCUCCCCAAGCCACGAGUUCUUGGAGUAUGUGCCAAAGAGCUCGGCAACUUGGCCAGAGGAGAACCUUCCAUCGAACUUCGCUGCAUCUACCUUCUACAAGUCUCUGAAGACUUCUUCGUGGAACACCUCGCAUGCCUGGGGUCUAGUGAUGGUAACCGCUGGAUUGGAUGGAAGAAUAAGAUCCUACCAGAAUUAUGGAUUGCCGCAACAUCUAUGAUCAGUUUGGUUUUCACCUGGGCACACUGACAUCUUUGUCAUAAUAUUACUCGAUAAAAUUUUGGUGGAGCCUCCUUCCAGAGCUUGGUGAUUGGCAAAGUUGACGCCGAUGAUCUGUUUGUAACAUGUGCCCGGUGCUACUGCCAAAAUGCUGCUCGAGUCACAAGUAUACAACAUAAGCUAGUGGUUCUUGAAGAUAUUUUGGCGCACCAACAGAAGAACGUGGUAGACCGAGAAGGCUUGCAUGUUCCUUGUAGAUAUGUUGUUGUGUAGGUGACAUAUUGGGGAUUGGUGUUCCUUCUUGGUUCAGCAUUGGACCCUUGGGGUUUUGGAGAUACUUCCCGAAAACAUUUGUCAAUGUGUGUGUCAAGCAUCCACCCAGUCUGAAGCAGCGAUCGACAGAUGGGUCUGGGUGAGGGUUUGCUGAUACUGUUGCACGGAGAAUAUUCAUUCAAUUGUACAGAUUCUUUCAUUUAGUUUCUCAAGUGAUUAUGGUUUAGACUGUUUUAUGAA